AGUAUUCUGAAGAUUCCUUUUAUUUGUAAUGAUUGUUUUUCUUUUGAUAAAAGAAGCUUCUCUACUCAAAACUCUAUUUGUUUAAUUGUUCUGUCCGCAAAGAGAGAACACCAAGAAAAGAGAAGAUUGUCCAGGUGGCAAAUACAUUAGGCACGAGAUUUAAUGUUGCAAUAACAUAGAGAGCUACUAAACAUUGACCUUUGUAUAAAAGCAAAGUCAAUCGACCAUAAGCCACACAACCGCCCAAGGGUGAAUACUUAGAGCCUUAUCUUGCCCAGAUUACUAACAUAGCAUCCAAAACAUCGAUAUGCGAAGCUUCAAUCAAGAAUUGUUGUUCCAAUUCCUAUACCUUUACGAGUGAGAAUUUGCUCGAGGUCAGUUGAACCGAUCCACAGCAUAGGGCGGCCACUGUACGACCAGAGUAACUCACCUUUAUACCACCAUCGUUCUGCUGUACCGCAUACUCAUUAAAAAAAGCAAACAUCAACGCAUAUCAUUAUCGUGUACAUGAACAAGACGAAUUACCAUCACAGCUUUGAUUAGCCGUAUGGGAAUCGGUGGUGCUCCGUAAUGGUAUUGUGCGAAGAUCAAGCUACUGCUACUGUGUUGGGCUAAUCCUCAGAAGGUUAUCGGACGUGCUGCGGAACAGUCGACUUUCAUCCGAUCUGGUUCGAAAUGUUACCACAGCGGAGUUGGUUUUUCGUUUUGGUGGGACUAUUUUACGUAUUUGAUCACGUCCAUGGAGCGGACACUCCGGGAUCGCCACGAGGAUCACCGUACAGGAUUGAUCUAGCUCAAUACAAUCAAGCACUAUUGUCAAGGGUGCGUACCAUCGUUGAAGCGUCCGAGCUGGCCGAGGAUCAGUAUGUGCCGUACUUUGAACUACUGCCAGAGUACCGUGAACGUUUGAGUGGUAACUUUCUGAUCGAUGGUUUUGCACGUGCUCGUGAUGCUGCUCGCUGUCUCACGUGCAUGUCCAGUUCGUAUUUGUUUUUGAGCUUCUACAACGAAACGAUUGUGAACGGUCAGGGCAACACCGAACGGGUAUGGACGUUCGCUAAACGCAUCUGUCGGCUGCUCGGUUUCAAGGCGUAUCUGUGCGAGGGCAUCGUAAACUUGAACGGGAAGGUGAUCGAGUAUGUGCUUCGCAACCGUACACCGUUCCCGGAACCGGACGACAUCUGUCAGGUGUUCCUGCAGGAGCAGGAUUGUGUGCGUGAUGGCAGAAGUAUAACGGAAGCGACACUCUACCGUACCGUCGACAUCACACCACCGACGAACGUUCGAUCGGCAAUGUUUGCACGUUCCGAUGAGUCCGGUUCGUGUGCGCGGGAUGAUUUACCACCGAGAAAAACAUCCGCAACACCGCUAACCAUCGUUCAUCUAACUGACAUUCACUACGAUCCGGAGUAUCUGGUCGGUGUAAAUGCGGACUGUAAUGCGGAAGCAUGCUGCCGGACACUGCCCGAUCUGCAACCAGCAACGGGAGCGACUGCCGCUGGAUAUUGGGGUGAUUACCGGGACUGUGAUACACCGUGGCAUGCUGUGGUGGAUGUGAUGGAGCACAUUCGCAGCCAGCAUCCGAAGAUCGAUGCAAUCUACUUCACCGGUGACAUUGUGCAUCAUUUCACCUGGAACACGACGAUCGAAACGAACGAGGUUGCGAUGCGCCAGGUGUUUGAUUUGAUGAAGCGCACCUUCCCGGGAGUUCCGCUCUAUCCGGUGCUGGGAAACCACGAAUCACAUCCUGCUAACUUAUACGCUCCACAUAACGUCGAUGAAUCGUUCCGGACAAGCUAUUUGUAUGACUUUGUAGCGGAGCAAUGGGACGGCUGGCUACCGAUCGAGGACAUCCGGGGAACGCUGGCUGACGGUGGCUACUACACGGUGCGCACUCCUUACGGUGUGCGCAUCAUCGGGCUCAACAACAAUCCCUGCUUCGUGCACAACUUUUGGCUGUUUUACAGCCUCGAUUACUUUCUGCCCCAGCUGCAGUGGUUGCACGAUACGUUGCUCGCAGCAGAACAGGCCAACGAACGGGUGCACAUCUUGGCGCAUGUGCCUUCGUACGACGAUUCUUGCUUCAUCGGUUGGACACGCGAAUAUCGCAAAAUUGUCGAACGCUUCGCACACAUUAUUGCGGGCCAGUUUAAUGGACACUCGCAUGUGGAUGAGUUCAAUCUGUACUAUAAACGAGACGAUCCAUCCGCUGCGGUAAGUGUUGCGUGGAACGGUGGAUCAACGACUACCUACACCAAACUCAACCCAAACUACAAGGUGUUCCAGUUCGAUCCGGUUACGUUUGUACCUCUCGAACAAGAGACCUGGAUGUAUAACCUUACCGAAGCGAACCUGACACCCGAUCGACGACCUUCUUGGUAUCGUAUGUACAGUUUUAAAAACCACUACCAGUUGCAAGAUCUCAGCGUAAAUUCGCUGCAACGGCUUGUGCAACAGUUUGCCCAAUCCGAGGCGCAAUUGCAACGCUACUGGCAAACAAAGCAAAAGUAUUCCGAUCCACUACUGCAAGAGGGAUGUACGGGAACCUGUUUGCGGAAUGCCCUUUGCGCGAUCGUACGUACCGAGCACGAUGACGAACAGGCAUGCGAGCUUUUAUACGAACGUGCGGCACAAACGAACGCCACGAUAUCUGGGAAAUAGUUGGGCUUGGGACUUAAAUUGCUAUCGAGCCGGAAAUUCGGGAAGAUUGUACCAUUUAACGUGCGAAUAAUGUUUAAUACUUACCGCAA